AUGUCUAAUUCUGUCAUAGCGCAAAAGGAUACUAAGCCAAGCGAUUGGCCGCAGUAUCGUAGGCCACAGUCACGAACAUUAAAGGCGGAGUACCUUCAGAUGAUUCAGCAGCAACGGCUUCCAAUACAGCCGCCAUUUUCGCCUCCUUACUCUAACCUCCUUGUAACUGAGUACUUCUCCAUACUGGAUUUGGCACCUUUCACCGGGCUUCGUCUAGGGGCAACUACACUCUCCUUCUUCACCAAAGACCCUUCAAACAUCAUUCAAGCAUUGUCUUCAUCCGUUCCAGGGAGCCAAAAGUUCUUGUCAUUCAUCUUCCCACGAUACGGCCAGGCUCUUACUUUAAGCCUCGCUGUGGAUUGUAUUGUGGCAAAAGUACAACAAAUGAUAAUGAAUAUUGAGAGCAAAUUUGCACAAAACAUUGUGUUGCGCCAGCAUACAAGAGUUCUUGAGUGUAUUCAGCAAGACUUGAACGACAGAAGCCAGUGGAUGAGCUCUGAGACAUUGUGUGCAAUACAGUUGUUAGGGUUAUUUGAUCUGAUCAAUAAUGCCAGCCUUCAAUCAUGGUUAUGCCACGUCGCGGGUGCCUCAAAGCUGAUUGAACAGCGUGGAGCUCGCAACUUCAAAACAGACUUUGAUCUGGCCAUACUCACGGCACAGAUUGGUCCUAUAAUUACGGAAGCGAUUCUCGAUAACAGAUACUGCUUCCUUACCGACGAAUCUUGGAAGACAGUCAUUUGCGAUUCAAUUCUUAGCGACGAGUAUUAUUCUAACUAUCGAGAUAUUAUAACGUGCCUAUGGACGCAUCUUGUCUGGGGCCCAAACCACUUCAAAAUAGCGACUGAUAUGAUCACAGCAACGGAGACCCCAGCGCCUCAAGAGUAUACUGCUCUCGUCAAGGAUAUGAUGAGCCACAAUGAGAGCUUGUUAUCUUUGACGAAUCUUUUACAACAAAGGCUCGCUGCUGCAGAUAGCAGAAGCGAGAUGACGCCUGUUUCCAACGGAUCGCAAGUAAAUCCGCUAGAGAUUGAGGGAACUUUGAUCAUAUGCCGACUGAUGAAGUUGCGAAUUCUGUUCGCAUUGGACCCAGCCCGGUUUUCUGCCAUGGAAGUCGAGAGCCAGAAUCUGGCUAGCCAAGUUAUGUACUUGAGUAAGCAAUUAGGUGAAGAAAAAGAAGGUAGAAUCAUGGGGGGUUUGUUCAUGUCACAGACAACAUGGAUAGCGAGGGCCACAAUAGAAACGUAUGAUAUGUGGAAAACCGAGGUGGGUAGUAAUGGUAUGAUUGCGAAAUGGAAGUUUGAGGCUUGGUGUUGUGCUAUGGGAAGAAGAAUUAAUGUCUAG